CGUCAAAUGUCAAUCUGACGUUUUAGAAGAUAAAGUUCUGUAUCAAUCAGAUGUGUUUUAUGUGAAAAAUAAAACUUCUAUUUUACAAUUAUUUUGCAAAAUGACUUCGGAACCUGCCGAUAUUCAACUAAAAACAAAACGACCUUCAGAUAGUGCUUUUAAACAACAGAGACUACCAGCUUGGCAGCCGAUUUUAACUGCUGGUACCGUUUUGCCAACGUUUUUUGUAAUUGGGAUUGCGUUUAUUCCGGUUGGAAUUGCUUUAUUAUAUUUUUCUGAUGAUGUGAAAGAAAAAAUUAUUGAUUACACGCUUUGUAAUAAAACUACACUUUAUUCGGAUGGAACUUUUGAUGAAACCAAUGAAAAAUGUUCUGAUAUAAUUAGUAAAAAUCGUUCGAUGGAUUGUACCUGUGUUAUUCGUUUUAAUUUAGACGUCGAUUUUCUGGGUAAAGUGUACAUGUAUUAUGGUUUAACGAAUUAUUAUCAAAACCAUCGAAGAUAUGUAAAAUCUAGGGAUGAUAAUCAACUUUUGGGGAACUUGGAUUCAUUAUCAACUGAUUGUAUUCCAUUUUCUGAAGAUAACAGUACUGGUUAUAAUAGACCUAUUGCACCUUGUGGGGCUAUUGCAAAUUCAUUGUUUAGUGAUGAAAUGAAGUUAUUCCAUGUCGUAUCAAAUCGACUCAAAGAAAUUCCACUAUUAAGAACAGGAAUUGCUUGGGAAUCAGAUAGAAACAUAAAAUUUCGAAAUCCACCAGGUGAUUUAGCUCAAGCUUUCAAAAAUUUUAGCAAGCCAAAGGCUUGGAGAAAACCGGUUUAUGAGUUAGAUCUAAAAGAUGAUAAUAAUAACGGAUUUCAAAACGAGGAUCUUAUUGUUUGGAUGAGAACAGCCGCUUUACCUACAUUUAGAAAAUUAUAUCGAAGGAUUAAUCAUACUGAGAAAGGGUAUGUUAAUGGUUUACCAGCUGGAGAAUAUCAUUUACAAAUUGAAUAUAGCUAUGAUGUUAGUUCUUUUGAUGGAACAAAACGUAUGAUUUUAAGUACAACUUCUUUAUUGGGUGGCAAAAAUCCAUUCCUUGGAAUUGCUUAUAUUGUUGUUGGAUGUAUUUGUUUAUUAUUGGGUAUUGCGUUAUUAUUUAUACAUAUUAAAUGUGGAAAAACCACAACUGAAAUGAUAAGUGUUAAUCCUAGGACAGCAUAUUAAAAUGAAUUUUAAAACAUACAUUUAUAAGAUUUUAAAGAUGUCACAAAAGUGCCCUUAGUUUAAUGGAUAAAAAUGUGAAAUAAUUAAUUUAUUUGUAGAUAAAAAAGUACUUAUUUAAGAUUUUUUUAUAAUUUUUUCUUAAGCUUUCUAUUAUGCUUAAAAACGCCUAUUCAUUCCUAAUUCUAUAGCCUCUAAGUAAUGCCAAAAACUUAUCUUAUUAAGUAAUUAAUGUCAGAAAAAAUAAACUUUUCAGUACCCUAUAGUACCUAAUACUAUGUAUAACUUAGCCCUUUUUAGGAUAGUUAAAUCAAUGUGAUCCACUUUAUUUAAUAUAUAAAUAAAAUAUUACACAAUA